GGUGAAACUGCAGAACUGAAACUUCUUCCGUGGCCACUACGGUGGCCAACGCGAAACUACGAAAACGUUAAUGGUCCCAUCUAGAGCCUGUGUUCUGUUUGUCCAUCCUGGGCUACUGUAGAUACAACAUGGCGGAUGUGGUUGGCGCCUUUCUUACAGUCGAUGGUUGGCGCGGAGGUCCCUCUAACGGCUCAUUCUAAGUUUCUGUCCAUAUAUCCCCCUGAACUCGACACACUGGACCUUUGCACCACCCGGCCAGGACGCUAGGCGACCCAAAUCAAACACACCUGAGAUGAACUGGUAGCUAACAAGCUAAAUGCUAACAAGCUCCCAUAGUUAAGCUAACUUCUGAAAACCUUUUGAAAUUGCGGAGUGCAGCGGGACAGAGAGGCUGAGAGUGGACUGAUUAUAUUUAUGGAUUAACAAUGAAGGAGCAGAAGAGUUUAACUGGAGCAGAUGAGGAGGAUUUCAUGGUGCUCAGGACACUGAGGAAAACGAUGACCUAUUUCAGCAGCUGACCUCAAACAAAGUGGUGCCGAGAGUGUUGGGACUCGAUAUGAGAGCCUUAUUUGUGGGCAGCACCGCACAAAGUGGCCGACCUGACCUGUCUGACGAGAUUAAAACCAAAUGCAAGCGAAGCAAAUCACAUUCAAAUGCUGUGAAACAUUAAAUUUCAAUGAGCUGCACGCUGUCCAAUACACUGAUUCUAUUUGAUUACACUUAGCUGUGCAUUAUUAGUAGUAAUGGUAGCAGAAUCAAAGGCUGACUUCACUCUGCCCAAGCACUGGUUUUCAUGUUUUUUACUCAUCCGUUUAACAAAUAUUGAGUUAUUCUGUUAAUGUUAAUACAGUCCGUCUGGAAAUCCACUGUAUAACUAAUUGCUUUAUGACCAGCUUUAUUAUUUCUAAGCAGCUGUUUCCUGUCUGACCUGACGGUUCAGCCAAGUGCUACCAGCUAAGGACAAAACAGAAUUAAGAGGAAACUCCCCAGUGGAAGAACAACUCAAUAAGCAACUGCUCCAGAUCAGUUCCUUGAUUGGUCUGAGCAAUGAGAGCUGCAGUCAGGAGAACACAACUUCCUCUGUGAUCUGCCUUCAACUGCAGAUUUAAGGUUUCAUUGCUUGUUUGUGACACGUUCGCCUCCACCCUGUUGAAUACACCAAUACCUCCAUCAAUCUCUGCAGAUGGCAAAGAUGGUAUCUCUGCAACGUUGUCAAUACAUGUGGUGCUAUGAGUCCAUAGUGGACGUCCUGGUAAGGUCACCAGCCCUGUGAAGGACGAGUAACCUGCCACUGUCUUCACCAGAUGGGACAGUGAGAAGAGGAUCUCAAAAACAAAGUAUUGCAUAUUCAUAGCAGCAGAGUGGAUGUGGUGGGAAGGCACCACACAGACACCGCUCAAAAAGGUCUGAAACCACAUCCUGAGUCACGCCACCAAUGAUGAUGCCUUCACAGUGUCAAAGCGGAACAUUGUUCCACUAAAUGUUCUCACACAGACGUCAGUGCAUCGGGGACUCUGUUGCCUUGUGGACUGAUUAAGCGGCAGAAUUUUAAACUGAGAGGAGUUUCAGCUGCUGUGUUUCCUUCUGUCUAACCCGCGGCUGAUAACGGUGGGUUGUUCCCAUGGCUCUCAAACCCGCUCUCUUAUUGUUGCUGUGGGACCUCACUUUGUUUGUUCACGGUGUCACAGCUUUGUGCAAUGUCACCUGCUCAACGAACUACAAGGAUACACUGAACUGUUCAUGCUCAGACCCUCUGCCGACAUCUCCUGUCCUCGUCAAAGUCAUAUGCAGUGAUGAAGAACUUGAGAUUACUGGUAGCUGUGAAGUCAAACCACCUCAGUCCUGGUGCGUAAUGACUCCGCAUGGCCUCUUUAGUGCUGCAAAUGUUGGAACCAUGUGCACUGCAACGGCCAGUCAGCAGGGUGAUCAAAUAUUGAUAAAUGCUGAUGAGUCACCGAGCUGGGCACUAUGUGAUGUGGUGAAAGCUACGCCUCCUGUCAGUGUUACAGUGACAAGCACUGACGGAUGCUACAAUGUCUCUUGGGACCAUGACAACAAAGAGGACAUUCUCAUAUACAGGGUGCGCGUGAGAGAAAGCAAAGACUUGUCAAAGGCUCCAGUACAUUUCCUUGAAGUGGAAGAAAAAUACAACCUGUUAGACUGUAAGAAGCUGCAGCCAUAUGUCAGCUAUGUUGUGGAUGUUCAGGCCAAAAUGUCUCCCAAUAAUCUCUAUUUGGGUCCGUGGAGCGAGUGGAGUUCCACUGCAGAGUGGAGGAAUGGAACGAAUGAAUGGUGGUGGUACGUCACCCCGCCCGUCGUCGUUCUCGUUCUCCUGUUGCUGGGUUAUUUACAAAAACCGUGGUGGCAAAAAACAAUCCAGCAGUUUAUACACUUCCCCAGGCCAAAUGAGUUCUUCAAGCCCCUCGACCACAGCUGUGGAGGCAACUUUAAGGAGUGGGUGAAGCCUUUGUUCAACGAGUACGAUUACCUCAGGAUCAACCCGCACACUCAGAUGCUAAGCGAGAAGCAGCACGACGUACUUCAGUGGAAUAACGAGAAACAAAGCUACGGCGAGGACGAGAUGAAACAAGGUAGUCAUGUCCUCCACAUGCUGCAGCCUCACAGCAACUCGCUGCUGUUCUUCCAGGAUGGCGGCAGUUCACAGGGCACCGGCCACUCAACCGGACACAUCUCCAUCCAUACUGUAACCCUGUCCGGAGAAGAAGAGUUUGAGGAGGAAGUCGUGUCACAGAGCUCCAUAAACACCCUGAGAAGUUACCAAGACGGAGAAAGCUUCGGUUCAUUUGAGGAAGACAACAGAGAACACGCCAGCUAUGAUUUAGAGGAACCUCGUAGGCAAAGCGGGAUGUUACCACAGCAUGACAACCAAAUACCUAACGAACUAUCAGUGGUAAAUAUGAACUUUCAGCCACGUGUCCACAUUGAUGAACCAGAGAGGGUAUCACUCGACUCGUUCGUCUCAAACGAGCAGUCAGAAGACGGUUACCCUCAUGUGGACUUGGACACCAUCGACAGUGGCUUUGGAGAGUGCGGCAGCCCUGGAGCCUCAGACUCAAACGUAGCAGAGCAGCGGGACUCUGAUUUAUUUCAGGAGCACAAAAGUUCCAAUUCGAACUACGUCAAGCAGUGGAUGAUCUGUAGCACUACUCAAGAAGACUCCAACAACUUAGAGAGCAAACUUCCCGAAACACAGUGAUGAUCACCGCUGAUUUGCUGCCACUAUCAUAGUUUGUAGUGCUGUGGGACACGUAUUUAAAGGAUGGAUAUUAUCACUGACAUUUCCAGAAUAUACACUUUGUUUAAAAGUAAAUUUGAAGCAACCACUGACCUUAUAAUGCUGUAUAUUGUCAUCAUGAUAUUUUUAAAUUGUGCACUUUUUUCUCUGUAUAUAGUCAUGUUUCUUUGUUUUCAGAGUAUUGGUUAUUGUGUUUGAUUUUGCUUUUAAAAGAGUUUAAAGAGACGGGAGAAGAGAGAAAUGGGGAGUAAGCACAUGGAGACUGGUGUUCGCCAACAUCAUUAUAUUUUUCAGUGCUGAUUUAUUUUCAAGUCAGGAGAGGAUGGCAGAAGAAAUACCCGCACACCAAUUCAGCUAAGCCACAAAAAAGGUUGACAGGCUGAGAUCAGUGCCAGAAAAUGUUGAUUUAUUCAGAACAUCCAUGCACAAAAAGAAGGGUGAUCAGAGCGCAAAAAAUAAGAAUAAAAUGUGAUAAAAACAGCAGCAAACAUUUUUCAGUCCUUGACGAUCAUCAGUGCAGUGCAACGUUUGCUGUUUUUUUUAAUUUUUUUAUCAUGUCUGCUGCUUCUUUAUGCGCACAGAUGUGACCCUUUCUUGUGGCUUAGUUGAAUUGGUGUGCAGGUAUUUCUUUUGCCAUCCUCUGUUGAUCGUUCAUCAUACCGACACACCCAAGAUAAAGUUUUUUGUUGCCUAAGUAGGCGCAGUUUCACAGCAGCCCUAAGACUUUAUAUUCAGAUUAGUUCAUCAUUUAUUCCUUGAUCAUUCAAAAGAAAUCUUUUCAGACAUCUUUUAAUAGUUUAAUUUUAUUGCAUAAUUUGAAUGCAAAUGUAAAGUUUGUGUUUGUAAAUGUAUCUAUUUAAUAAUAGAUCACAAUACAGCAUAAAGAAAGUCAUUAUGAUUGGGGCACUCCAGACUCAAUAGACAUGCAGCAAGGGAUCAAAAUGUUGCAUAGUGCUUUGAUUUAUUCCGCAGGAGGAUGUCUUCUUUAUUCAUUUUUAUCACUGUAUAUACAGCUUUAUGUGUUCAUGGUCAUGCACACCUCAUUAGCUUGUACUGUCGCACCAGCAUGCACGCCGCCUUAUCAAGAUCUCUGAUAAUGUCUGCUUUUUCUCGCACAUGCAUUUUCUCAGUAACCACUGUAACCAUCCGUGCUGGGUUUUGCAAGUCAGUUAAAAGAGCAAACUUGGAGCAAAUUUUUAUCAUCUGUGAACGGCAUGACUUUUCUCUGGCCUUGACCUAAUUCAGCAGCAGGAAGUGGAGGAAAAGAAGCUUUGACAAUCUGUUCUUUCACCUUUCGUUGUAUCGAUAAUUGCGGAGUUUAUUUGUUCACAUUUCUAUAAUAACUGCACAUACAAGACUGUAUUAGUAUUUUAUGUUUCUACUAGGAAAAAUGAUCACAAAAACACGUUAAUACAAGCAAAAUUCAUAUUCUCUGGACUCGUGUAUUUUUCCUUUUCUCUGCAAAGCAUGUCUCAGGUUAAACAUCAUAAAUUGAUCAUAUCUAACGAUGUAAAAAGAUUUUUCCAACUGAAAGGGCACCUCAUGGUAGCUGUAGUGGGAGGGGGAAGUGUGGCUCAUUUACUUUCCAAGUCCAAAAGUUUAUUGUUGUUGAAGUCUGUUUCUUUACCGGACGCCAAG